CUUCUACCAGUUUUAUUCUCGAGCUACUAGCAUGCAGUUAGCUUUCCUGACCGAAGCAGCUUCUUAAAUUAGGCUUCCGUAGCUCACGCGGUGUCUAAAGGCCUGAAUAAGUCACUUCACCGUUGCUUACAUAGUUUAAACGUUUUUAGUGCAUGAUAGAUAUUCUUUGAUACAUUAACAUCGAUCUGUUCGAUUGCAGGAAAGUAUUGUUGUUUGUGUAAGGGGAACAAGAGCUAGCUAGCUGCGUUAGCGUGUCAGAUUUUCUCAUACAUAUAUAUUUAGCUACAUACUGCUAUAGCAGUGAUCAGUGUGUAAUAUGCGCUUGACUUUUCUUUAAAUACUGAAAUUAUGACCAGGGUGCAAGGGUGUUUGAUGUAGGCACAUAAAGCAUCAGGCUUCGAUCCGGUUAGGACAGCAUUUUUAAGCAGACCGCUGGCUGUGAAAAAAAGCUUCGUCUUUGUGUUGUGGAUCCGAUGUAAACGCACAGCAGCCGGAGUUCCAAGCAGCAUAUCGGAGGUAAGGUCACCUCUAACAGGCCUGUUUACAGCGCAGUGUGGUUAUGAUCCGGAUAACUGCGUCCCAUUUCGACUCCAGAUACACACUGGACUGCAGGUGUUCUGAUGUAGACAUCUCCCUCUACCUCACGUCACUUCCUCCCUCAAUCCCAGCGUUCUCCAAGACAGCCGAACUCUGUGGAACCACUGUAAAAGUUGUAAAAAUUCAGCAUGAAGCUGGUUGAAAACUCAUGGGAUACGAACAUGUCGGAGGUUGGAGAGCGUCGGCAAGUCAACACAGAUUAUGCCGUUUCUGUGCUGGAACAGCUAAAGUUUUUCUACGAGCAGAAGUUGCUGACUGACAUCACUCUGCUGGUGGAGGAGAGCGAGUUCCCCUGCCAUAAAAUGGUGCUUGCCACCUGCAGCUCUUACUUCAGGGCCAUGUUUAUGAGUGGGCUCAGUGAGAGCAAACAGACACAUGUUCAUCUUAGAAAUGUUGACCCUAUCACGCUGCAGACCAUCAUAACCUAUGCUUACACCGGGAACUUAGUCAUCAACGACACCACUGUGGAACCUCUCUAUGAGACGGCCUGUUUUCUUCAGGUGGAGGAUGUUUUACUACAGUGUCGAGAAUACUUGGUCAAAAAAAUCACUGCUGAAAACUGUGUCCGCAUGCUAAGCAUUGGUGACCUGUUUAGUUGCACAGAGUUGAAGCAAAGUGCUAAGCGCAUGGUGGAGCACAAAUUUCCUGUCGUCUACCGACAGGAGGCUUUCCUGCAGCUCUCGCAUGAGCUUUUGCUGGACCUCCUGAGCAGCGAUAAUCUCAAUGUGGAGAAAGAGGAAACGGUACGUGAGGCAGCCAUGCUGUGGCUGGAAUACAACAUGGAAGCACGUUCUCAAUAUCUGUCCUCCAUCCUUAGCCAGAUUCGUAUUGAUGCGCUUUCUGAGGUGACCCAACGUGCCUGGUUCCAAGGUCUUCCACCAAACGACAAAUCAGUGGUAGUGCAAGGCCUGUACAAGUCUAUGCCAAAGUUUUUUAAGCCCAGACUGGGUAUGACCAAGGAAGAAAUGCUCAUUUUUGUAGAGGCUGAACCACCAGCUGAAAGUCACCCUGUCGUGAUAGGUCCACGUCACACAGUGGUCUGUUACAGCCCUCAAGCGGAGAAGGUUUAUAAACUGUGUAGCCUGCCUGGAGACUUGCAGAAGGUUGGGACAUUGGUCACCCCAGACAAUGAUGUGUUCAUUGCUGGUGGACAGAUACCACUGAAGAGCGCUCUGGCUACACACGGAAGCAAAAGUGGCAAGCUGCAGGCUGCCUACUGUUCAGUGGACAGCUUCUACUGGCUGGAUGCCCAGCAGAAUGCAUGGGUGGCCAAAACGCCGAUGCUGUAUGCUCGCACUAAACCAUCGCUGGUGUAUUGUCAGGGUUUCAUUUACGCUAUUGGUGGUGAUAAUGUGGGUGGAGAGUUAAAUAAGCGCACAGUGGAACGCUACGAUUGUGAGCGGGACGAAUGGAGCUUGACCAGCUCUCUUCCCUGCGCGUGGAGUUGGAGCACAGCAGUAACAGCCCGGGACUGCAUCUAUGUCAUGACACAUGACCUCAUGUACUGCUACUUCCCUCGAGCUGACACUUGGGUGGAAAUGGCCAUGCGGCAGACUAGUCGCUGCUUUGCUUCAGCGGCUGCAUUAGGAGACCUCAUCUUCUAUAUUGGUGGCCUACAUGUGGUGGGCAACUCUGGUUUGCGUUUGCCAACAAGCACUAUUGAUGGCUCCUCGGUUACGGUAGAAAUAUACGAUGUCAACAAAAACGAAUGGCGUCUGGCUGCUAACAUCCCAGCCAAGCGGUACUCUGACCCAUGUGUGCGUGCCGUGGUGCUACUGAAUACACUAUGCAUCUUUAUACGUGAGACACACUUAAACGAGCGGGCGAAGUAUGCUCUCUAUCAGUAUGACCUGGAGCUCGAUUGCUGGUCCUUACGCCAGCCCGUGUCAGAACGCGUGCUCUGGGACCUCGGCAAAGAUUUCCGCUGUGCCGUGGGUAAAUUAUACCCAUCCUGCCUUGAUGAAUCUCCCUGGAAGCCACCCACUUACCUCUUCUCUCCUGAUGGAGCUGAGGAGUUUGAGGUGGAUGAGGACAUGGUGUCACUGCCUCAUGUAUAGUUAAUGGCGUCAUCUUUAAAACUAACCUGUAAUUUAUCCACUGUUCUGGAAUAAUGCUUUACUGUUUUGAAAGGAAAGGUGAUUAAGCUGAUGGACGGUCUUCCUUUAAUGCCUAGUAUGCUCAUGGAGAUCAAAUGUUUAAUUGGAAACUAAAAUGUUCAGUUCAGAUUUUAACCCAUCUACAACACUUGUAGUUUUGAUCAUUCUCAAAGCAAGGUUGAGAACAUAAAUAUUUCAUUUCCCUCAUUACAAGUUUGGCAUUCUGUUUUAACAAUUUGAUGGUGUAAAUGAAUGAUGCAAUUAAACCUCCUUUGGUUGAAAAUGGCAACUGUACACCCAGAGUUCUUAAAUUUCUCACUCUUCUUUUGUCAUCUUCCAGAAAUCAAUUGAUCACCUUUCUCCUAAAUGUCAUCUGGGUAACAAGAGGUUCAAGGGGUUGGCAAGAUAUUUUGUACUGAAAGUCAUUUGAUGUUUUGGUUCGCCGCUGGUUUGGUGACUUGCUUGACAUUGAUUUUUUGUUGUCAUUGUUUGCAUCUGUAUUAUCAUAGUUCAGGUUGUCUGUGGUCUGUCUUUUGACCUGUCUUGCAUAUGAAAUCAUUUGACCUCUUAAAAGGGUAGGUUUCACACUUACAACCACAAACACACUAGGGAUACCUCAAGGUGCGGUCACACUAGACUUUGAACAUGCAGACUUUUUUCGGAUGCUGCUGCGAAUAUGGGCGGGAGCAGGAUAUAAAAUCAGGCACCAAGGUUUCCCCUCAAUUAUCACAACAUGGAUUCCAAUGUGCUUGUACUGUGUCUUUUGCGAUGGAGAGAGAGAGAACAAUAUAAGACUCUUUCUACGCCUUCACAAAAGACAUGGUACAAGCACAUCGCAAAAAAAUAUAAAAAUAAAAUGUGUCCGCAUUCAAAUGUACCAUCUGUUCCUGUUUCCAUUGACACAGUGAACCAUGCAGCUAUUUUUAUUUGAUUUUUAUAAUUUUUUAAAGAUUCUAUGCUGCGCUACGGUUAAAAAUUAGCACUUCCUCCAUUUUUGAAUUUCUGUACAGCGAGGUCAUGCAGUGACGUAUCGAUCUUCUACUAGUCACACGUCUUCACAUGAUGUGAAUUCGCAGGUCAGAGUUUACCAAACUUGAACUUUGGAGCUUGCGUUUCCGGUCUGACGCAUUCGCAUGCGUGUGAAUGGUAGUCGAUGGAACGAAAAGUAAAGUGUGACCGCCCCUUCAGGGUGCUUACCAGUCUGGUUUCGUACUCUGUUUAUCACAUCAUUUAUUUCUCUCGUUUGCAAAGGAAUUUCUUGUUUUUUUGUUUCUUCAGGCAUCUUUGUCUCCAAGUUCCUGUGUGUUAGUCCUUGAUUAGACGAAUGCAGGAAAUGCCUGCUACAGUAUUCAUUCUCCAUCAUGUUCAGAAAUAUGUAUGUUUAGACACUGAAAGUGUGGAACUGAACUGAAACUGGUUAAAAAAUAAAUAAAACAAUUUACUCAAGUCA